AUGCAGUCAAAGAAAGAAGGUUAUGCUACAUGCGUUUACAAUGAAGAGCAUACAAUGCCUGAGUCCACACUUUUAUGGCAUUAUCAACGUUGCCCAGACAGCCAAAGAAUGAAGCAUCUCUUCAAAGUCUGCCCCUACAACACAAUCCACCACAUUAGAUAUUAUGAGUUUGAAAAACAUCUACAAAGUUGCCCUGAUGCUCCAAAAAUACCUCAAUUAAACGUAGGAAACGAUGACCCAUGGGGAUAA